ACCCUCACAUACUUGUCUCCACGCCCAUUUCAUUCAAAUUUCCGCUUUUUUCACCCACUACUGUUGUUGGCCCAGUUGGUCCAGAAGAAGGUCUUUUUGCUGUCUCGUUGCUUUAAUAGUUUCAGACAAGUGAUGGCACGGCUUCUUUUGAGAGGAAACUUGAGGAGUUGCAUCGCCUCUCAGAUCAGAAUGGGAUCUGAUCAGCUUGGUGAAUUGGGAAAGGGAGCAGGGAAAGGUGGUGGUGGUGGAGGCUAUGUGAGGUCAGCAGGAGGUGCCUUUGGAAAGCGAGAAGCAGCAGAGGAGGAGCUGUACUUCCGGCAGAAGGAACGGGAGCAGUUGGAGGCACUAAGGAAGCAUCAUUCAGAAGAGAUCGAGCACCACAAAAAGGAGAUUGAACGCCUACAGAAGGAGAUCGACCGCCACAAGGGCAAAAUCAGAAAGCUCACGCACGACGAUUAAGGGGGAGAGGCCAACUGUCAAUUCUUUCCUGAGUAGAACCGCUUGUGAACAUGUCGUUAUCACUUGUACUUUCUGCAGGUCUUAGUCAUGAAAGGUCCUUCUGACUCAUCAUGCUGAAAUAAUAAAGUGAUUAAUCUUC